GUUCGUAUAUUUUGCAUGAGUGAUCUCGUAGCGGGAUCGGUGCAGUAUAGUACGGGAAUUUGUGCGAAUACUACGGGUUAUAUUACGCGUCGCUUAGCAAAAUUGAUGAUUUAUAAUGCAAGGAAAUACCGAACCAACUGUAAACACGCACGGUCAUACCGAAAAUCGCGAAGAAAUUCAAUAUCUAGACCUUAUUCGCACGAUUCUAGCCAACGGGAACAAGCGUCAGGAUCGUACAGGAGUUGGAACUUUAGCAAUUUUUGGCACUCAAAUGCGCUACAGUUUGAGAAAUAAUACAUUACCUUUGCUUACAACGAAGCGAGUUUUCUUUCGAGCUGUUGCGGAAGAAUUGCUCUGGUUUAUACGAGGCAGUACGAAUGCAAAGGAAUUGCAGGAAAAAAAUAUUCACAUUUGGGACGGAAACAGUACACGACAGUUUUUGGACUCGGCCGGAUUUACAAACCGCGAAGAAGGUGACCUAGGACCAGUAUAUGGAUUCCAGUGGCGACAUUUUGGUGCACAAUACAAAACAUAUCAUGAUGAUUAUUCAGGCCAAGGCAUUGACCAAUUGGCGGAAGUUAUAAACCGUAUUAAAACUAACCCGACGGACCGACGAAUUAUAAUGAGUGCGUGGAACCCCGUGGAUAUCCCUCAAAUGGCUCUACCACCUUGUCAUUGCCUUGCGCAGUUUUUUGUGGCCGAUGGAGAGUUGUCAUGUCAGUUGUACCAACGAUCAGCUGAUAUGGGUCUGGGAGUUCCAUUCAACAUUGCCAGUUAUGCUUUGCUUACGCAUAUGAUUGCCCACGUUACUGGUUUGAAGACCGGCGAUUUUAUCCACACCACUGGGGACACUCACAUUUACCUUAAUCAUAUUGAACCUUUGAAAGAGCAGAUACAGCGAACACCUAGAAGAUUUCCAUCACUUAAUUUCAAGCGUGUAAUUACGUCGAUCGAUGAUUUCCGAUAUGAGGAUCUGGAGGUUCGCGAUUAUGAUCCAUAUCCAACUAUUAAAAUGCAAAUGGCUGUUUAAAAUAUUGCAAUAAACAUUCAUAUUGUAUUUUUGAUUUA